CUGAUGGAGAACAGGUCAGAGGUGGCAGAGUUCAUCCUGCUGGGACUGACCAGUGACCCAGACCUGCAGGUCCCUCUCUUCAUCACCUUCCUCAUCAUCUACAUCAUCACGCUGGCUGGGAACCUGGGGAUGAUCCUCCUGAUUCUCCUGGACUCUCAUCUCCACACCCCCAUGUACUUCUUCCUUGGCAAUCUCUCUCUGGUGGAUUUUUGUUACUCCUCAGCUGUCACUCCUAAGGUCAUGACUGGGCUCCUCGUGGGAGACAAGGCCAUCUCCCACAAUGCUUGUGCUGCUCAGAUGUUUUGCUUUGCUGCCUUUGCGGGUGUGGAAAAUUACCUGUUGGCCGUAAUGGCCUAUGAUCGCUAUGUAGCUGUGUGUAAGCCCCUCCAUUACACCACCACCAUGACAACAAGUGUGUGUACGUGUCUGGUCGUAGGAUCUUACAUGACUGGUUUCUUGAACGCUUCCAUCCACGUUGCGGACACAUUCAGUCUGUCCUUCUGUAAGUCCAAUGUGGUCCAUCACUUUUUCUGUGAUGUGCCUGCCGUCAUGGUUCUCUCUUGUUCUGAUAGGCAUGCUAGUGAGCUGGUUCUUCUUUACCUGGGGAUCGUUCAUAUCUUUUUUGCCCUCCUGGUUAUCUGGAUAUCCUAUAUAUUCAUCUUUAUGACCAUCUUAAAGAUGCACUCGGGUGCUGGGCAUCGGAAAGCUGUCUCUACCUGCGCCUCCCACUUCACUGCCGUCUUCAUUUUCUAUGGAGCUGUCAUCUUCAUGUACUUGCAGCCCAGCUCUAGUCACUCUAUGGACACCGACAAGAUCGCAUCUGUGUUUUAUAGUAUAGUCAUCCCCAUGCUCAACCCUGUAGUCUACAGCCUGCGGAACAAGGAGGUCAAGAAUGCAUUCACAAAGAUUUACUUAACGUCAAAACGAUCGUAA